CGUUGACCGCAGACUCGAGCAGCGACCAAAGCUACUUACACGCCGCGCUCAUCGCUCCGGGCAUCAGUGCGCGCCCAGUGCUCAGCCGCAGCAGAUCGUGGAUAGUGAAUAUAUAUAUAUUGUAUAUAUAGAGUGGAUGCACCGCAUCGAGAGCACAGAUAGUGCAAAAAAAAAAAAAAGGGAAAAACGGUGGCAAAUAUUUGCACAGUCGCCCCACAGACAUCGACUUCGACUUCCUGUCUGCCAAAUUCCCCGAACACGUGCUGCCACGACUGCGGCUGGGAUCUGAGAGCACAAGUCCCUCCUCCCGGCUUUAGCUCCAACUCCAAUCAGUAGCCACUCCAUCGGGCUGCCUUGUUUUUUUGCUCCUGUUCCAACUCCAGCCGCCAUCAUGCAUUCGCCGGCUGCCAAAGUGUCGGGCUACGUCGUCCUGAUGACUGUGCAAAUAAUUUUCCUGGUCCUAUUCUGGCUGUUCGUGCGUUACGAAAAGACGGCAUUGCCACGGCCAAUCGAUGCCGAACACGCUGGAUCAGCAAACGAACACGUUUCGAAAUAUCCGCAAUUCCAGGACAUCCAGGUGAUGAUCUUCAUUGGCUUCGGCUUCCUGAUGACCUUUCUGCGCAAAUAUGGUUAUAGUGCCACAGGCUUCACUCUGUUCAUGGCCGCCUUGGUGGUACAGUGGUCUGUGCUCAUGAAGGGAUUCCUGCACAUGGAGGGCGGCAAGAUCAGCCUCUCCCUGGAGAACAUCAUCGAUGCGGAUAUUGCCGCCGCCGUUCCCCUGAUUAGCAUGGGCGCCCUCCUUGGCAGGACCACGCCCAUCCAGCUCCUGUGCAUGUCCAUCUUCGAGGUGGCCCUGUUCGCCGUCAACGAGUACUUGGCCCUCAAUGUGUUCAGUAUCUGCGACUGCGGCGGCUCCAUCACCGUGCAUGCCUUUGGCGCCUACUUUGGCCUGGCUGUGGCUUUGAUGCUGCGCCCCUCGAGUGACCAGAACGAGACUGGUAAGCUGGAGGGAGCCAGCUACACCUCGGACAUCUUUGCCAUGAUCGGCACCACCUUCCUGUGGGUGUACUGGCCCAGCUUUAACUCUGUGCUGGCCGAAGGAGCCGGCGGCGAGCGAGCCAUUUUGAACACGUUUCUGUCAUUAGCCGCGGCAACAGUGACCAGCUUCGUUGUAUCCGCGCUUGUCAGCCACGAGAAUAAAUUGGACAUGGUGCACGUGCAGAACUCGACCCUCGCCGGCGGCGUCGCCGUGGGCACCGUGUGCAACCUGCUCCUGGGCGCCCAUGGAGCCGUCUUAAUUGGCAUUAUCGCCGGCACGGUCUCGGUGCUCGGCUAUCGCUAUUUGACUCCCUGGUUGACGGCCAAUCUGCGGCUGCACGAUACCUGUGGCGUGCACAAUCUGCACGGCAUGCCGGCCCUGAUUUCGGCCAUUGCCUCGGCCAUUUAUGCCUCCAUGGCCACCGUGGGCGAGUAUCAGUCGGAGCUGCAGGACAUUUUCCCAGCGAUGGUGGGCACCAAUGGAACCGAGACCAAAAUCAUGGGCGGCCUCGGCCGGAAUGCAAGUUCGCAGGCGGGUUUCCAAUUGUUUGGCAUUGCUGUGACGCUGCUCAUAGCCAUCGGAGGUGGCAUUUUGACAGGGGCCGUGCUGAAGUACACCAAUUUCCGUAACCUGAAGAAGGACGAGCACCAUCAGGACGAGCACUAUUGGGAAGUUCCCGCCGUCGAGGGCAAGGAGGAAUACGAACUAGAAAAAGUUGAUGAGCUUUUGUCGUAAGCCAGAAAUCCACGAGAAACAAAUGCAGCAAACGGCCAUGGAAAUCCGUGGAGGACAAUGGGUCCAUUGGCCAAUCCUUUUGUUGUCCUCGCCUGCCGUCACGCUUAAUUUUUGUAGACACUUGUCGCAUUUAAUUAAAAACUCCAACAAUUUACACAUUUAAUUAGCGACGACGCCAAAAAGGAGCACUCGCACACACACACACA